CUUUCAUACACACACACACACUCGCACACACUCGCACACACAUACUGACACGCACAGAAACACGCAUGGUAAUGGUACUAUAAACAUGGCUUUUUUUACGUUUUUAAACAAAACAACUUCUUACAAGGAUUCUUGCUUUACCACUGGCUUAAAAUAUGACAGAUUUUUUUUUUGUGUGCUGUAGAGGUAAGCUAAACAUGGUGAGGAGUCGAGAGGGGAACACAGGAAGUAAAAUGAUACCAGUAAAUUGUGAGGGAAACGAGAAAGAAUAUGGAGCUUGUUCAUACAACCAUUCACCACUUCCCGGGGACCUUGCAUUUAACAUGAAUGAAACAAAUUCACCGACAUCAGCUCUUACAGGACUGGAUGAGGAAGUAUGUAACCUUGCUGUAAUUACUGAGCAAGAAUCGUUUUCUCCAAAAGGUAAAAAUGCUCUGAGAACCAAAGCAGAUCGGACAUACCUGGGAGUCAGAGUAAGAAUGCCUGUAAAAGAUAUGCUCAGAGAUAUUCGCAUAGCCAAAGGAAUGGACCCAAUAGAAAUGCAGAUGAAAGAAAACAAAGGAUCAAAAGGGGACAAAAAAAGAGUGAACAUAAGUGGUGGUCGGAGAAAUAGGCUUGUAGGUAAAUGUCAAACAAAGAGUUUGGAAGAUGAGUUUGCCAUUAUAGUGGAGGUGUUGGAAGAAGACCUUAAGACUAGUACCUCCAUACAGCCAAGCAACCAUCUUGACCUUGAAAACAAGUUCUGGGCUAAGACCAUAUCUCAGCAAGGGCUUCAAGAUGCAUCACCUCCAAUUCCAAUUUGCAAUACAGCCACUAAAAAGUUCCCUUUGCCACCUGGAAUCUAUGGUUCUGCACAUAGCCAUGCUGCUUCCCUCUUCACAGACACCAAGAUCAAAAACAGCAGUGGUGAGUCAGAUUACUUUAUACACAGAAGGCAGCAUGAAAUGACCUGCUCUCCAGGUGACAGCAAAGUGCAGGUCCCAUCUCCAGACGAAAACUAUUUUGCUCCAAUGGACCAGUGGGAUUCACCACACAAAAUAGGAAGUCCACUCAACUCAUACUUGUUGCAGGAGCAGUGGAACAGUAUGGAACACUUCUGGACCCAAAUUGAAAGAGAGGAACAUAUAUUGAACAUUAUUUCCAAUCAAGAGCUUCUUACGCAAGAUGAGAUGGGAAGAACACUCCUCCACCGAGCUGUUGAUGAGGGCAAACGGUCUCUUGUGUAUGUUUUCGCCAGACGGAUGGCAGAUCUCAACAAACUGGACAGCAAAGAUGCAGAGGGAAGGACUUCUCUGCACUUAGCUGCACAGAGGAAUCAUCACCUCAUGUUUGCUGAUUUAAUUUCCCUUGGUGCAAACAUCAAUGAAAGGGAUAAAUAUGGAAAAACAUGCCUUCAUCUCAGUGCAGAAAACGGAUACAUCCGAGUUUUAGAGGUUCUGAAAAGCUGCAUGAAAAAUGGAGCUUACAUAGAUUUGGAAGCAAGAGAUAAUAAUGGGCUAAGUGCACUGCAGCUUGCAUCAGUCGCUCUGAAGAACAUAGUUGGUGAUUUGGGGACAAGUGUGACAGUUGGCCGCAAAGUGCAUUCCCUCCAUAAAGAGCAGAUGAUGGAAACCCUUAAAUGCCUCCUGCAGAUGGAAUGCAGCAUGCAGUGUCUGGUAUGA